AAUUUUAUGAUAGAUACUAAACUGUAUUCUCUUGAAGGCGCUGUGUGUCCUUUAAUGAAAACAGUUGUCCAUCAUCUCAAACAAAUCAACAGAGACGGUGUUUCAGGGUUUGAUCUGGCAGAAAGCUUUUCUUUGAGGCAAACAUCUUGUGGAGGGGAAAAAAACUGUUUUAAACUGGGAAGUGCACCUCUCGUCAGAGACACAAAGCAAGUAUUUCCAAAUGGGCUUCCUGAAGAAUACUCUCUAGUUGCUACAUUCCGUGUACGGCGGAAUACCAAGAAAGAGCGUUGGUAUAUAUGGCAAGUUUUAAAUCAGUAUGACACACCUGAGAUCUCUGUACUUCUGGAUGGUACAAAAAAGGUUGUGGAGUAUAUGACCAAAUCUGCUCAGGGAAAUAUACUGCACUACACUUUUAAGAGUCGAGAAAUUUAUCCAUUGUUUGAUCGGCAGUGGCAUAAGCUUGGUAUUAGCGUGCAGUCGGGGAUCAUUUCCCUCUAUUUGGAUUGUAAUUUAAUUGAGAGAAAGCAGACUGAUGAAAAAUUCACCAUUGACUUGCAGGGAAGGACUCUGAUUGCUUCUCGCGCUGCAGAUGAUAAGCCUGUAGAUAUUGAACUUCACCGCAUAACAGUGUAUUGUAAUCCAAAACUUGCAGCAGAAGAUACGUGUUGUGAAAUAUCUGCAGACCUGUGCCCACGUGAAGAGAGGUUACUUACUCCAACUUCAUCACCAGUGACUGUUCAUGCCAGCAAAAUAUACACACUUCCAGGAAUGCAGCAAGAAUCUAGAGAGAGAUGCCACUGCUUUCCAAAUAAAGGAGAAGCAGGAUUGCCAGGAGUAGCUGGUUUGCCAGGCCAGAAAGGACAUAAAGGUGAAAAGGGUGAAAUGGGCGCAAAAGGACAGGAUGGUGUUGCUGGUCUUCCUGGCGAAAAGGGGGAAGCUGGCUUAGUAGGUGCUCCUGGCAUACCUGGUCUUACUGGUUCCAAGGGUGAACGUGGCUUUGCGGGUAGUAAAGGUGAAGAAGGUGAAAAG